AUGGCGGCGGCGACGACCACGACCACGACCACGACGACACCGUUGAAGCGCAGGAGUAGAGACGGCGAGGCAGGGAGGGAGAGCGGCGCCAGGGGCAUGAUGAGACCUCCGGCGGUAGGCGGCACGGUCACCGGGUUGCUGUUUCUGGCGGUGGUAAUGGUGGUUGUGUGGGGAGGAACUUACCGGCGGCAGACGUGGCCGGAGAUGCUGAUCUGGGGUCAGGGCGGCGUUGCGGCGGGCAGUUCAUCAGAUGAAGAAAAUGAUGCUUCGCCUUCAUCCGUCGACAAGCUUCUCGGCGGGCUUCUCUCGCCUGACUUCGAAGAAGCCUCCUGCCUCAGUCGAUACCAAGCCGCUCUCUACCGGAAGCCAUCGCUCUACUCUCCUUCCGCUCACCUCCUCCGUCUCCUGCGCGACUACGAAGCCCUCCACCGGAAGUGCGCCCCCCACACCGACCUCUACAACCGUUCCGCCGCCCUGCUCCGCUCCGCCGCCGGCAACGCCUCCGCCCCCGCCGAGUGCAACUACGUCGUCUGGAUCCCCCACAACGGCAUCGGAAACAGAGUCCUCACCAUCGUCUCCGCCUUCUUCUACGCUCUCCUCAACCACAAGGUCCUCCUCCUCCACUCCACCGACGACUUCGCCGGCCUCCUCUGCGAGCCCUUCCCCGGCACCACAUGGACCCUCCCUGCCGAUUUCCCCCUCCACAACCUGCUCGAACUCGACACCGGCGCCCCCCAGAGCUUCGGAAACCUUCUCAAGUCGAAGGACUCCUCGAUUGGUUCUCGAUCUCACGUCUAUCUCCAUCUUCCCUGGUACUACCGCGAGGGGGACAAGCGGUUCUUCUGCGAGGAGGCUCAGCGGACGCUGCGGAAGGUCCCGUGGUUGCUGCUGAAGUCGGACCACUACUUCGUGCCGUCCCUGUUUCUGGUCCCAGAGUACGCCGGCGAGCUUCGUCGACUGUUCCCGGAGCGCUCCGCCGUCUUCCACCACCUCGUCCGGUACCUCCUCCACCCGAGCAACGAGGUCUGGGAACGCGUCGUGGGGAAUUACAGAGAAUAUUUCGAAGGAGCCGACGAGAGAGUGGGCAUCCAAAUCAGGGUCUUCGACAACUUCCCCGUUCCUUUCGACCAGAUGCUGAACCAGGUAAUGAACUGUUCGCUCGGCGCCGGCGUGCUUCCGGCGGUCACCGGUGAGGCCGCAAGCUCCGUCGACGCGAAGGUGAAGGCCGUGGUGGUGACGAACUUGAGGUCGGGAUACUCGGAGCGGAUCAGGGAGGUGUACCACCAGCAGGCGACGGAGACAGGGGAGGUCGUCCGAGUGUUCCAGCCGAGCCACGAGGAGGCGCAGGCGACGGAGCACCGGGGCCACAACGUGAAGGCGCUGGCGGAGAUCGAGCUGCUCAGCCUCAGCGACGUCCUCGUGACGUCGGCCUGGUCGACCUUCGGGUACGUGGCGCAGGGUCUCGGCGGGCUCAAGCCAUGGGUCCUGCUGCGACACACGCAGUCAGCCGACGCGUGCCGUCGAGCGGCGUCACCUGAACCGUGCUUCCUCAUGCCCCCGGCACCGGCGCAGUGCUUCCGAGACGGCGGCGGGAACGCGAUCUUGAGCAAUGUGAGGCACUGCGAAGAUGAAGUAAAUGGCAUCAAACUAUUUGAUUAA